ACCUGCCGUGACGUCACGGCCCCUCCAGGAAACAGACACGGUGGAAUCCAUGAUCACCUCGGGCUGAUUAAUGUGUCUAGUUUGGAUGGAGAGCGGAAAAUAAGCCUCCUGAAACCCUCACCUGGACUUUGAACAGAGUUUGUGUGACUUGUUGACUCGCGUGUUGAGCUGUCGUGGGUGAAAAACACGAUGUCUGCCUCCGCUGUGUUUGUGUUGGACCUGAAGGGGAAGGUGCUGAUUUGUCGGAACUACAAAGGCGAUGUGGACAUGGCAGAGAUCGACCACUUCAUGCCUUUGCUGAUGAUACAUGAAGAAGAAGGCCUCCUCUGCCCUGUGCUGUGCCACGGCAGUGUCCACUUCAUGUGGAUCAAGCACAGCAACCUCUACUUGGUGGCCACUACAAACAAAAACUCCAACGCCUCCCUCGUCUACUCUUUUCUUUACAAAAUGGUGGAGGUGUUCACAGAGUACUUCAAAGAGCUGGAGGAGGAGAGCAUUCAGGACAACUUUGUGGUCGUCUACGAGCUGCUGGACGAGCUGAUGGACUUCGGCUUUCCUCAGACGACAGACAGCAAGAUCCUACAAGAAUACAUCACGCAGGAAGGGGCCAAGCUCGAGGUGGCCAAGUCCAAGGUGCCAACCACUGUCACCAACGCCGUCUCCUGGAGGUCAGAGGGGAUCAGAUACAAGAAGAACGAGGUCUUCAUAGACGUCAUCGAGUCCAUCAAUGUGCUGGUGAAUGCUAAUGGCAGCGUGAUGAGCAGUGACAUCGUGGGCAGCAUCAAGCUGAAGACCAUGCUCUCUGGGAUGCCUGAGCUGCGGCUGGGCCUCAACGAUCGAGUGCUUUUUGCUCUCACUGGACGUGACAAAGGAAAGACGGUGGUGAUGGAGGACGUGAAGUUCCACCAGUGUGUCCGUCUCUCUCGCUUUGACAGUGAUCGAACGAUCUCCUUCAUUCCUCCCGACGGGGAGUCUGAACUCAUGUCCUACCGCAUCAAUACACAUGUGAAGCCGUUGAUAUGGAUCGAAUCAGUCAUAGAGAAAUUCUCUCACAGCAGAGUGGAAAUCAUGGUUAAGGCAAAAGGACAAUUUAAAAAACAGUCUGUGGCAAAUAAUGUGGAAGUGAGGGUCCCUGUCCCGAGUGAUGCCGACUCACCGAAGUUCAAAACCAGCACAGGCAACGCCAAAUAUGUUCCUGAGAAGAACCUGGUGGUGUGGACCAUCAAGUCAUUUCCUGGGGGUAAAGAGUUCCUAAUGAGAGCUCAUUUUGGUCUGCCCAGCGUGGAGAACAAUGAGCUGGAGGGCAAACCUCCCAUCACUGUCAAAUUUGAAAUCCCGUACUUCACAGUCUCAGGAAUACAGGUGCGAUAUAUGAAGAUUAUAGAAAAAAGUGGUUACCAGGCUUUGCCUUGGGUCCGGUACAUAACACAGAGUGGAGACUACCAACUGAGGACCAAUGUAUAAAGCCUGUGGGGACUGCUGUAUAUUCCUAACUACCAGGACCCACGGAGGACCAUCAUGAUCUCUUCACCUUGACUGAAAGAAUGUCUUAAUAUUUCACCUGUUCUAUUUUAUGUCCAUGAUUUUGUUUUAUGAAAUCUGUGUGCAAUUUAAUUUUUUAAUGUUUCUAUUGUGGGACCACCGCUAAUUAUGUAUUUGCUAAAUGAGAUUAUUGCUUUUAAACUAUUUGUCGCUAUAUCCUCUGUGUUAGUAGCCAGCUGCUUUCUUUUUGUCCAGGGUUUGUAACGCCAUGUAUGGGCGGCAUUUCUCCUGAUAUUUGUAGUCAUACAUUGUGUAAUCACAGUCGCGAAAUUCCGCCCAAAAUAAAAACUUACACCCGCC